AUGGCUCCAAAGGCCGCCCACGCCACAGAGGACAUCCAGUCUCCCAUCGACCUGACGACGGUCCCUCCAUUCUGGAAGCGCAAAAAUGGCACACUUCUGUACUUCCUCCUCACGUCCUCGCUAUUCGCCAGUAUGGCACUCGGUAUUGACGGCUCCAUGACCAACGCCCUUCAGACGCUCGAGAGUUGGCAAGACCGGUUCGGCCAUCCCACCGGGUCCAAACUUGGCUUUUUCGGCGCAUCCAACGCCAUUGGAGGUGUCAUACCCUUCAUCUUCCUCAGCUGGAUCAGCGAUGUCGCCGGUCGUCGUGUGCCUACGGCUUUAGGAUCAAUCAUCAUCAUCGCGGGUGUUAUGGUCCAACUCUUCGCCACGUCGCUCAACAUGUUCAUCGGCGGAAAGAUUGUUCUUGGAAUUGGCUCGUCGCUUAUCCAGAUGGGUGCUCCUGUUCUGGUGACAGAGCUUUCGCAUCCUAAGGAGCGCGUGCAGAUCACGACACUCUACAACACCAACAUUGUCCUUGGCUAUGUUAUCGGUGCAUGGGCGACAUACGGAUGUUUCCGCAUUCCAAAUCAGUGGUCGUGGAAGCUUCCCACUCUCGUUCAAGUCGUUCCAUCUGCAUACCAACUUUGCCUUAUCUUCUUCUGUCCCGAAUCGCCUCGUUGGUUAAUCGCCAAAGGCAAGGUUGAUCAAGCUCGCGAAAUCCUCAUCAAGUACCACGGAGAAGGCGAUGCGAAUAGUGAGCUUGUCAAGUAUGAGUGUGCGGAGAUCCAACAGUUCAUCGAAAAGGAAGCAGAGCAGAAUAUGACGUGGAAGGAAUUCUUCUCAUCCAUUCCAAACAUCAAGCGUCUCUCUCUCUGUUUCGCAACCGCCUUGUUUAGUCAGAGCUCCGGAAAUCUGCUUGUCUCCAAUUAUUUGACACAGAUCCUGAAAGACACCGGCAUCAAAGCCGAGAAGGAUAUCACUCUGGUCAACGGCAUGGUGACUAUCUGGCAGUACAUCGUCGCCAUCACCGUGACCAUCGUCGUAAAUAAGUUCAAGCGCCGUACGUUCUUCCUUGUCGGAUCUGGAGGCGUUCUUGUAACAUUCAUCAUGUGGACCAUCGCCGCAAAGCAAUACCUCGACGGCUCCUUGGCUGGUGGGCGUGUUGUUUUGGCUUGCAUCUUCCUCUUCCAAGGCUUCUAUACCUUCGGAUGGACGAACCUGGUAGUGACGUAUCCGCUUGAGAUUGUCACGUAUCAGAUGCGCGCGAAGACAUGGGCAUUUGUACUGCUCACUAUACAGGUUGCAUCCAUCUUUGGUGGCUACGUCAACCCGAUUGGCCUGGAGGCUAUUGGAUGGAAGUUCUACAUUUACUAUUGUGUCUGGGUCGCCAUUAUCUUCUUGGUCGUCUACUUCUUCUUUGUCGAGACAUCAGGGCCUACUCUCGAGGAACUGACAUAUCUCUUUGAGGGGAAGAGUACUAAGCAGGAAAUGACAAAGGAGAUCGAGGUUAAGAAGGAAGAGCAUGAUUUUGUUCAUGAGAAAGGUGUUUAG